UUUCAUUGUCAGACACUCUCAUAUCCUUUUAGUUAUUGGCUGUUACCCUUAUUGGCCUUAUGCUCAACACAUCACAAACCAUUUGAAUUGGAAAUAACUGCUGAGUAGUCAGACUGUGGUGGAUUGUUCAUUGGUUUGCCAGACAUCAACGGAGCAUUUGAAGAUGAUGCGAUUGCUGUUCCUGUGUCUGAUGCUACUGCUGCCAGCUGCUUCUGCUGUUUCCGAGUUGGAAGGAUCUGCUGAUGGAGCUCCGGAUGAUGAUGAGGAUUCAGUGAUUCCAAAACCUUCGGACACACAUCUAGCUGAAAGUGUAACUGAAGGGCCAGAUCAGUUCACCCUGAUUAUCAUCGUUGUAGCUGUGGCUCUGUUGACUAUUUCGGGUGCUGCAAUAAUCAUCACAAUGUUAGUAAGAAGGAACAUGCGCAAUCGAGAGCAAGGGAUCUACUCCGUGCCCACAGAGCAGGACCAGAAAGGGACCGUCUAGUUCCUGGUGGAGUAGCAGUCCAAUAACAAACAGACAAGAGAGGAGCGGUGCGUCGGGUUAUGUCAUCUCCUACUCUUUGACUCAGGACAGAUUUCUUUGCACAACAGCCUGCUUCCUCCAUGCAGUUCAUAGUUCGCUACUACACCAACUACUAACAAAACAUAUGCAUUUUCUUUCCACUGUUGUAUACUUUAGUCUCUGCCCCAGCCGUUUAUACACCACAAACACGCAAUUUAGCCGGGGACAUUUGGAACGCAUUCAAACCUUUUAAUUGGAUUCUAUUUGAGGAAUCCAAAUCAAAGCCAGUGAAUAUGGCUUAAAGCUUCUUUUGUUAAAAUGGAUGAUUUAGCACAGCAAAAGCUUCCCUUUUUUUAACUACCUGAAACAAGAAAUGAUUCCUACCAACCAUGCAGUGAAAGUGUGUUUGCGUUUGAUUCGGUGCAUGUGGAACAGACCUGCCUGUGUGAAAUGGUUGAGGAGCUAGACAAACCAUGCUAAUCCACGCUAAGCCAGCCCAGUGCUCACUUCACUUGUCUGACACCUUCUGUUCUAGGCCCAUUAGGAGUGACAGGAGGUUGAGCAAUAAGAGAUAAAAACCUGUUCAACCUCUUCUCUAGUAAAUAGAGACAUGUGAAAAUAGUGUGAACAACCUGCAAGAAAUUAUAUGAAUCAACUGCCCAAAGAAUUAUGUUUUCCUUCCUCCCUUUCUGUGACAUUAUGAAAGGCUUUCACUUUAGGCCCGCUGGUUGUAAAUACAGCAGCUCUCUGAGGGCAGUAGAGAGUUAGACUAAUGCUUCACACUGGUAGAAAGAAGCUGGGUGUGAGGGAGGAUUUAAUCUCACAAAUCAAAUAAAGUCCUGCGGAUGAUUGGGAAAAUACCAACAAUGGUUUUGUUUUAUACACACAAAGCGUUAUGGCUCCUCUCUUUCCAUUUAAAUGGAAAUCAAUCAUGUCCUGUGAAAGAAAGCUUUCUGUCCUAGAACCCCACGCACUGGUUGCAUUAUUUGUUGCAAUAAAGAGGGAACUCUCUCUUGCCAAGGUUAAAGGGGAAUGGGACAUGCUCCCGAUCGACAUGACGGUAUUUCAAUUGUGGAUCAUGACGACACUUUGGAGAAAGCGCACUGGGGGUGGCUACAUGGGGUUAAACACUGGAUUUGUCAAAGCAGGAUCUCUCUUUGCGCUUCCACUAAAUCAUGCAGUUAAUCUUGCCACUGGGGACAGGGCUUGGCCUCAUUCCAGCCUGACUUGAGAGCAAAAACAAUUGGGCAGUCACGUCCUCUACUGGGCGUACAGCAGUUGUAGGUCUGUUGAGGCGUUGCCUUGAAAAUGAUGCAUCCCAAUUUAUUAACAGAGACACAUUGGCAGAUGAGAUUAUUGUUUGGGCGUUUGUUUUGUGAUCGGAUUUGAGCACUGUGUGUACAGUAUGUGUCACACAAGCGUAGCAUUGCCCAAUGAGCCUUCAAUAUGUGCCAACAUUUCAAUUGGUGGACAAUUGGACAAAAGUUGCAGUGCAAAACAUUUCAGUUUUUUUUACGUCUUAGUAUUUCCCCUUUUUCUGUCGGAAUGACAAACCAUAAUUGUACAGCAUGGCAGCAGAGUAUUCUCUUUUAAGAUUUUUUUCAAUAAGCAGAAAGACUUUGUAAAAACCCAAAGAGAAACGCAGCAUUUAGUCAGGUAGCCUGUUCUAAUGUGACCAAACUCUACUCAGUUAUUACCUCCUGUAAGGGCUCUCUGCUCUGACACUGCGUUUGUAAAUCUAACAAAAGUAGGUAUUGAGCUUUUGUUUCUUUCUCAAUGGGAUUUAUGUGGAAAAGGUUCCGAUUUCUUUUCUUUUCUUUACAGGCUUGAGUACGGUGUCCCUGAGGUCAAUGCACUGCAACUUAAGAAGCAUAUACAAAGAGACAAACAAAAGCAAACAAAGAAAACAUCUUUAUCAAGGUGACAAAAUGUAAGCGUGAUAAGAAAUAAAUAGAAUCAAAUACAGAGACGUGCUACAAAUACAUGCAUGUCUGCACGAUUUGCAGGAUUCCUGUACUCAAAUGUGCAAGUGCACGAUUUCUCUCUCUUUUUUUUGUCUAAUUGCACAUGUUUUCUAAAGCUGCAGUCCAUAAAGCCAUCAGCGCCCCGUAAUAAAGGCUUUGCCUGGCCUUACACAUUUCUUUUUAGAAUUUAAAAUAUAAUAUAUUGUAUGUAUUUACAGACCUAUAUAUUUGCAUUGUGUCUCUUCAUAGAACAACAUAAUGUAUUUGUCUAUAUGGUCUUUUUAUAUGCUUAAGGGGUGAUGUGUUAUCUCCACUGUUCAUUUAUAAAUUGUUUGUAAAAAGAAAUUUGUGGUGAGUGAGAGUAUGUUUUUUCCCAAAACUCUUUUAUAAAAUAUCUGCAAUUUAGUUUAGCAAAACAUUUUAAUUUGGACUUAAUGUUGAAUACUGUUCACAUGUGUGAAUGCAUUUGUCUUUCUGGAAGAACUCCCACUGUAUGUGUUUGUGCAAAGGGAAUUUACAUUGUUUUUUAUAUAAUUAUUUACUAUGUGUAUAUAUUAUAUAGCUAUAUACAGUAUCUCAAUUGCAGUCAUAUAUCAUGAAUCAAUUGUUGGCAUAUCUGCUGUCUCUUUGAAUUGUUCUGAUACUUAUUAGAACAGUUGAUACUACUGUAUAUUACUAAGGUAUGCUGUACUCUGUUUAUAAAAUGUGCUUGAUUUCA